AUGGUAAAGCAUGUUCUUAAUGCCAUUCCAUCACACCAAAUGGGAGUUUUCAAAAUCCCAAAGAAAAUGAUAAAGGAAAUGGAUGUUGUACAACAGAAUUUUUGGUGGAAUAAGCAAGAGAAGAAGGGUGUUUACUUCAUUUCAUGGGAUCGAGUUAAUACUUACAAAGAAAAUGGUGGCUUGGGUUUUCGUGAUCUAGAAUGUUUCAAUAAAUCUCUAUUAGCAAAAUCUGUAUUGAGAUUAUGUCACAGCUCUCAACAACUUUGGGCAAAAGCUUUAAAGGAGAAUAAUUUUUCGGAUACUUCAGUUCUACAUUCAAAAAACAAAAAGAACACCACUUGGGCAUGGCAAAGCAUUCAUGGGGAAAUAGGUUUUGUGCAUAAAUACAAAUUCUGGUUACUAGGAGAUGGAAAAAAUAUUUUAACGUGGAAAGAUAAUUGGAUAACCGGAGAACAAGAGCCGCCUAGCACAAUAGAAGAAUUUAAUUUGGCAGUAUCCUACAACACUGUAAGUGAUCUUAUUGAUAAAGAUACAAAUACCUGGAAAAUCAGUUGA